UGGAUUCUCGUAAAUGAAUUCAUUUAUUGUAAUGUAUCGUUUUGAUGGAAGAACGAAACAAACUCACAAAAUGGCUCGCUCGCGAAGCCCAGUUGAACCAUAAACACGAAGAAAUCUUGGUCAAACGUGAGAUGUUGCUGGCAGAAAAUGAGGCACUAAUGAGUUCACAGCAGAAGAAACUACAAUUGACUUCAAGUGACUUUCAGAGAACUAAGGCAAGGAAUGAGCAGUUAGUGCAGGAGUUGGAAGCACUUCAGAAUGGAUUGGGAAAAAUGGCAUCCAUGUGUUCUAAUGAUGCACAGUUUAUCAGUCUUAAGGAGAGUUACUGGAAAAUGGUUGAACAAGAAUUUCCCAGGUGGAUAGCAAAAAAUGAAGCCAGCAAGAGCAAAGAUCAAAACUAAAGGCAGUAAGAUCUUAAACAUCAGUGUACACUGAUGAACCAUAUACAUCAGUAUUGGCUCAGGAACUGGCGGUCAAAAGAUCAAACAUUAUAAUAACUAAUUGUCUGUUUGGCAGGAGAGUUAUCACUGACUCAUGAGAAACCCGACAAACUCAGGUGUAUGUCUGUAGUCAGCAGAUCAGGGUAGUUGUAUCCCUGGAAUGUGCAAAUAAUAGUCUACAAAAAGUAUACUGCUUGCUUAUUUCAAGUUUUGCUGGCUGUGUUAUUAGUCACUGAGCAUUUUCAAGCCUGGGCUAUGUUCAAGUUUGCUGGUAGAAUUGGAUCCCAAGGACUUGUUUCUUUAAAGUCAUAAGUAUAAUUAGUGUUAAUAAUUUUAAAGACGAUAUUAGAGUACCACCUUGUUUUUAAGAAUUUUAAGCUUUUAUUGUUUUAGACUUGUAAGUAGUAAGUAGCGAUGUGAUUUUAGCUGGGUAUAUCCUAUUUAUUCUCUAAUUCAUUAGUUAUCUUACUUAAUUAUUUAGACACGACCCCACAAGCGAAGUGUCGCUUUAAAUACUUAUCGUGUAUAAAUAAAGAUUAUUGAUUGAUUGAUUGAUUGAUGGUAACUUCAAGAACUUAAUUUCCUAUUUAAUAGUCGAAAUCUAUGGAAUUAUAGGUCAAUGUUCAGCCCAAAAACCAGUCUUCUCUGUUUUGUUUUUUGAUAUAAAUAAUUACAUAAAACAAUUCACAUCUCAAGUUUGAAUGUAAACAGGUCAAACAAGAAAAAGCUUAUUGGGACUGAACUCUAGGGAAUAUUUGAGAACUGGGCUUAGUAAUUUUUAAUUUUAUAUACUGAUCAGUUCAUGACAGGGGCAGCAAUCCACUCAUGGUUUGCACCCUGCAAAUGGGAUUAUACUGUGUGCACGCGCAUCUACAUGGUUUUCAUUAGUCACCGAGAUAGCAAGAAUUGCAGCCAUUCGUAACUUUCAACGUAACUUUAUUUCACCCAGAGUUAGUAAAGGAAAGAAGACAUAAAACAACAUCAAUUGAAGAGUACCAAAUACAGUUACAUCGGCAGCCUUUUCUGAAAAAUGUUUUACUGAAAAUAACUGACAGUUACGUAAGCUGUGAUCGCGCCUCUUUCCCUGCUCCAAUGGGGUGUGAACGAAGAUGAAAGGAGUACCUUACGGUGGCCCACAGGUGCCACUGCUGCACACUGUAAAACAAACACGUUUCUAAUUAAAAC